CACAGCAAAGCGGAACCCCAAGAACAGAGGCCAGAGCGGACCAUGGUUCACGGCGGAGAGGAGGCGCUGAGGCGGCAGUACGCCAUCGGCGACGAGAUCGGGCGCGGCCGCUUCGGCACGGUGCGCCGCUGCCACUCCAACGCCACGGGGGAGGCGCUGGCCGUGAAGACCACGCCCAAGGCGCCGCUGCGGGACGCUCUCGACCUGGCCCUCGUGGAGCAGGAGCCCAAGCUGCACCUCCUCGCCUCCUCACCGCCCUGCAGCCCGCACGUGGUCGCGCUCCACGCCGCCUUCGACGACGCGGACGCCGUCCACCUCGUCGUCGACCUCUGCGCCGGCGGGGACCUCCUCUCCCUCCUCUCAGCCCGCGGCGGCCGCCUCCCCGAGCGCGAGGCCGCGCAGCUCGCCUCCGCGCUCGCCGCGUGCCACCGCCGCGGGGUCGCGCACCGCGACGUCAAGCCCGACAAUCUGCUCUUCGACGCCGCCACCGGCGCGCUCAAGCUCGCCGACUUCGGCUCCGCGGGGUGGUUCGGGGACGGGCGCCGGAUGACCGGGCUCGUCGGCACGCCGUACUACGUGGCGCCCGAGGUGGUGGCCGGCAGGGAGUACGGCAAGAAGGUGGACGUGUGGAGCGCCGGGGUGGUGCUCUACGUGAUGCUCUCCGGCACCGUGCCCUUCUACGGCGCCACCGCCCCGGAGAUCUUCGAGGCCGUGCUCCGCGGCAACCUCCGCUUCCCGCCGCGCGCCUUCGCCGGCGUCUCGCCCGAGGCCAAGGACCUGAUGCGCCGCAUGCUCUGCAAGGACGUCUCCCGCAGGCUCUCCGCCGAACAAGUCCUCAGGCAUCCGUGGUUCGCGAGCUGCGGUGGAAAUGCGGUGGCAGGCUGAAGAAAUCGAUCUACCAACAUGCUGGACGCGCUCCGUCCUAGUGUAGAUAGAAGAUGUUCGACGACUCGAUUUCUCCGGCAAAUCGGCGAUGGACAGAAGUAGCGGCGGUGCCGGAGUUGGAGUUAAGCCAGUAGAACUAGCGCUAGUUGCUUCCGUGAUCCUUCAGGGCGAGAGAUGGGUCUGUGGUGGAGCUGGAAUUGCAGAAGCUUUCACCCGAGUGGGCCUGAACCUGUUUGUUCAUCGUGUUUGUUGUGAACCAACCUCUGUAGUAGUCCUUGUAGUUCCAGAUACAGUCUUGUUCAGUUCUAGCUGAAGAACAAGAGAUGAUUAGUACCUAGUACUCCCUCCGUCCGAAAAUAUUUGUCAUUAAAAUGAAUAAA